AGAUAGAUUUAAAAGGAUGAUUGGACUAUCCCAGUCAAUGUACAUAAAUAAGGUGCUAAAACGGUUUAGCAUGGAAGAAUCCAAACGUGGAUAUAUUCCAAUGAGUCAUGGGGUUUCACUUUCUAAGACGAUGUCUCUAAAGACACCUGAAGAAAGAGAACGGAUGAGUUAUAUACCUUAUGCAUCAGCUAUUGGUAGCAUUAUGUAUGCGAUGUUAAGUACAAGACCUGAUGUGGCUUAUGCACUUAGUGUAACGAGCAGAUAUCAGUCUAAUCCAGGUGAAGAACACUGGAAAGCCGUUAAGAUGAUCCUUAAGUACUUAAGAAGGACUAAGGAUAUCUUUAUGGUGUAUGUAAAUGGAGAACUGAAACUAGAAGGCUUUACUGAUUCUG